GCAGAUUUUCACUGCUUUUCAAUUAUCUUUAUACUGCUUAUUUAUUGAGUGAAGAACAAAAGUUUUGAAUUAAAUAUUGCUUGAUGAAGAAAACAGAUGAAUUAUAUUAGAGACCAUACAAAAUGCAUAUUUUAUUUUAUUUGAGACUUUUCUUCUUAUGUCAGAAACUAAGGAACAUGAAUAAGUUGUAUCAUUAGUCAUAUUAAUUAUAUAUUUUGAUUGUAGUACAAGUAGUUUUUGUUACCAUUGAGGAAAAAAUGUGAAAUUGGAUCCAAUGGAGUUUUAGUUAUAAUCCAACAUAAUAUAUAAGAACUUCUUUACAAGAUUAUUUUGUUGGAAAUGCUUAGAAUACAUGUAAUUGUUUCAGUGCGAAAAAAAAAUCCAAUGUAUAGCCAAAAAAAUGAGUUGGUAAAUUCUAUUUCAGAAUAUGAAGUGCAUCAUUUUUAUAACGCUUCAUACUUAUAUAACUGCAGCACUAAGUGUAAAACAAACAACAGACAAACACUAAAACAUUGACAAAGUGCACAAAUAUACUAAAAGCUUUCACUGAAAAUAAGAAAGAGAAGUUCGUAGCUUUUGCCUUGAUGUCCUUCAAAGUUCUUAAAAGUUGUAUUAGGAUAGCAUGUCUUCAUUUUCAGAUGUUUUCAGUAUUUACAAUUUUAUGUUUUAAACUGAUUCUAUGUAAUAUUUAUCAUUCUAUACAGAAUCUGAUUGACAGCUGUAUGGACCAAUAAAAAGUCAGAACUACAAAGCCAGCUCCACAUUUAAAUGGAGUGCACGUCAUAUUUGGUCAUGUUAUUUUUGGCCAAGAACUUGUGAUGGAAAUAGAAAAUUUAGAAACUGACAGUUCUAAAAGUUGUCCUAUGAAAGAGGUUAAAGUGGAAAAUUGUGGGGAAUUGGUUCCACAGAUGAAGUCUAAAGGUAAGAAGAGGAAGAAAGUGUCAGAAUCAGAGUCAGCCAGAUCAUCAGAGGAUGAUUCUGCUAGUGAAGAUGAUAAAAAGAAAAAGAAGAAAAAACACAAAAAAGACUCAAAGAAGAAGAAGAAAGAAAAGAAAAAGAAAAGGGAUAAAAGUCCCAGUAGUGACGACGGGAAAGAGACUAAAGAGGAAGUUACCACUGUUUUCGGUGAAAUUCGACCUGAAGAAAUCCCAGAAGUCCCUUCAUCUAAGUUUCUCGACAGAGGGGGUCCACAACCAGAACAAAGGGAAAGGUCGCCACCAAGAUUUGGUAACAGAAGAAAUUUAGAGAGGUUGCCCUAUGGUAAUAGGACACAGUAUGAUCAGAAAGGCAGAAAAAUUAAAGGCAGAGGCACUAUUAGAUACAGAGGAGAUAGGAGUAGAAGUGAAACUCCACCUCACUGGAAACAGGCCAUGGAACGUAGUGCUCCUGUCAGUACCAUGGGUGAUGCUGAGGAUGCUGAUCAAGAUAGAUGGGUUAGGGGAGAUCGAUUACAGCAAAGACAACCUCCACCGGAAAGGCAGGGAGGCAGAAGACAAGGGUUUGUCCGAGAGGAUAGGGAAGAAAGACGUCCAGAGAGGCUGGCAGGUCGUGUUGAACGUGUUCAUAACAGAAGAACAAGAUCCAAAAGUUUAGAGCCUUCAGAUAGGCGUUUGUCCAUAGCAGCCAGACUUCAGCAACAUGCUGGUUAUGAAGCUAUAAAACCAUCAUCUGAUGUAGAAGAUGAAGAUGGAGGCAGAAAAAAGAAAAGGGAAAAAAGAAAAAAAGAAAAGAAAGAUAAGAAACCAAAAAAACAAGAGCGAAAAAUGUCAGAAAGUGAUCAGGAAGAGACAUCUAGAAAACCAAUUAGACGGCACCAUGACAGUUCUCCAUCAGAAGGAGAAAUAAUAUCCUCACCAGAAAGAGAAAGGAAGUCAAAAUAUUCUGAUAGAAAAGAAAGAUAUAGUCCCAGUCCUGACAGAAAUCGUCAGAUUAAUAGAUCAAGACAAAGAAGGUCUCCCUUUGAAGAAAACAGAAGAAAUGAAAAAAGAAAGUUUAGGAAUGAGAAGAAAGGUCGAAGUUCAGAUGAAUCCAGAUCACCAGAAAGAUAUGAACCACCAUCAAGGUCAAGGCGACAACAUUCAGAAUCUGAUUCGGACUCAGGUUCCAAAUCUAGGACAAAGAGAGAUGAUGAUAGAAGAAGGUCUAGAUCAUCAUCAUCAUCCAGGUCAAGAUCUAGAGACAGAUCUAGCAGAUCAAGAUCAAGAGGUAGAAGAGAUCGACCAAAAGUACAGCCAGCUCAAAGACCAGUGAAACUGAAAUCUGAUAGUCCUCCUCCUACACACUGGAAACCAGGACAAAAACCAUGGAAAUCUAAGGAGCCUGAAAGACCAGUCUUCACACAACAAAUAUUAAAUCAAGGCCACAAAUCUCACUCUGAUGUUACAAGGGAUCAAAAGUCAGAAGUCAAUGGAUUCAGAAAGUCAUCCACAGAGAGACCCUCUAGGUCAAGGUCAGUUAGUCCUCAAAGAGAAGAAACAGUCAAAAGAGAUGUUAAAAGAAGUGGUCAUGUUGAAGGAAAAUCCCCAGGCCAAAAAGAAAGUAAAAUUCAGUAUGAUUUGGCAGAAACUGAAGCUCCAAUAAAAGCUAGUCCUCUUAGGGUACCAGAAAAAAAUAUACCGCCAGAAAAGAAAAAGGUGUCAAGAUCAAGAUCAUCCAGCAGCUCAAGUUCAAAGUCAGGCUCUGGAAGAUCAAGGUCAAGAUCAAAGUCAUAUUCAAGUGAUUCUAGCUCUGCCAGUUCAAAAAAUAAUGAGAAGAAACCAACAAGGAAAGUUGAGGAGAAAAUAAAAUGGCAGCCACCUCCAGAUCCUGAGGACCAUUUCAAGGAAGAAGACUAUCAUAGAUCUGUACAUAUUCAGCCAGUUGAUAGCACACAGGAAAACCGAUUAAGGACUCCACCAAUACCUAACUUGUCACAGGUGGCUGAGGCAGCUUCAGAAAUGGCUAAACAUCAUAGUAGAUGGGAUAAAAAGAAUCCAUCAAAGGCAGAUAAUCCCCAUCAAACUUCACCAGUCAAAAUUCCAGCAACAGCAUUUGAAAGAGAGAGACGGUCUAGAACCCCUUCUCCAACAGACAGAGAGUCCUCUAAAGCUAAGAAACAACAUCAAGGCAGUUCAUCAUCAGAAUCAGAUUCUGACAGUUCAAGCUCAGACAAAUCAAGGUCACCGUCUCCAACAAGUCAGUUUUUAUAUGGCAAGGAAAAUGAAGCUAAAAGAGUGCCACCUCCACCUCCUCCGAUGAAAGACAGUAAGUCUUCAGUACUGCCAAUACCAGUGGUUGGAGUAAAGAAAGAGACCAUUUAUGAAAAGGUGUUGAGCCAUGUUAUGACAGAACAGAUUCCUAUACCUGUAAAAUCAAGUGAUUCAAUUCUUAAAAACUCUAAUGUAAAUGCAGACACAGGAAAGAGCACAUUAGAUAAUAGGUUGCAAGAUUUGUCUGAACCCCCAGUUUUAAAAAAGGAAAAUCAAAGGAAAGUAGUAAGAAAAUCAGCCUCACCAGCAAAAAGACAUAAAUCAGAUAGCUCAUCCAGGUCACGAAGCAGGACUCCUACUAAAAGGUCUACAUCACCAACCAUUAGACGUGUUAUAAGGAGGUCAAGGACUCCUUCACCUGCAAAAUUGUCAGCUAGAAGAUCUUCAAGAAAGUCAUCAUCUAGAAAAGGUUCAGAAACUCCUCCAAGAAGACGUCUUUCACCUAGGAGAAAGUCAUCCCCUUCCCCAAGGAAGAGGUCACCUCCAAGGAGAUUUUCUCCAUCCCUAAGGAAAAGGUCACCAAGGAGACGAUCUCCAUCACCAAGGACAAUUCCUAGGAGAUUAUCCCCACCAAAAAGGAAAAGGUCAUCUCCAUCACCUAGAAGGUCACCACCAAGGAGAUCAUCUCUUUCACCAAGAAAAAGGUCACCUAGAAGACGAUCCUCACCAUCUCCCAGAAAAAGUCUGCCUAGGAGGAGAUCAUCUCCUUCCCCACGCAGAAGAUCACCACCAAGAAGGAGGAGGUCAUCAUCUUCACCCCGAAGAAGACCUCCACCAAGAAGAUCUCCUGUAAGAAGAAGGAGGUCGUCUUCAUCCAGAAGACGUUCUGUUUCCCCAAGACGACAUUCAAAAUCACCAAGGAGAGCUCUAUCACCAAGAAAACGUACCAAAUCUCCAGCUAGAAGAAGAACACCUUCACCAAGAAGGCGCAGCAAGUCUCCAAGGAAACGUAGUAUAUCUCCAAGGCGAAGGUCACUGUCAUCACGAAGAAGAUCCAAGUCACCAAGAAGAAAAUCUCCCCUUCGCUAUGGUAGCAGGUCAAGGUCAAGGAGCAGGUCUAGAAGAUCUCCACCACCCCGUAGAAGAAGGUUUUCACGCAGUAGAUCCAGAUCACGUAGGAAAACCAGGUCCCGUAGCAGACGUCGCAGUAGUAGCAGUUCACGAAGUUCCAGUCGUAGUAGGAGUCGUAGCCCGAGAAGACGUAGAAGAUCUCACUCUCGCAGCUGGUCGUAGUCAUUGUGUUAAUACACACUGGUACUAUUUUGAACUGCCAUAUCAUGGUUAAAGGUUGAUGGUUUUCAUACAGAUCAUUUUAUAAAUGCUUCUGUUAUUUUAAAUAUAAUAGUGGUUUUUAGUCUGAAGGGGGAAAAAAAUGGUAUGGAAAUUUAUAUAAACCAAUAGUGAAUUUUUAUUUUAUAACUGAUAAGUUAUUUCAUAGAUACAUAUAUAAAUUUUCUCUUUUACAUUUAAUUUUCACUUUUUUUUAGAAGGAAUUUAAUCAAAACAAUUAUAGUAGUUUAAUCUACAUUUUAUAACUUGUUGAAAGAUUUAAUAAAUCACUAGUUUUGUUUGUAAGCAUUUUACAUUUUAAAUAGAUUCAGCAUUUAUACCUAAAUGUACAUACUGCCAGGAAUGACAGAUGAAAUGAUUUAUUCAUUAUCAAAUUUCUUCAGAUAAGGCCCUACCAAUCAUGUUGCCAUAUUUGGAUAUUCUUUCAUCAAUUCAUUCAUUCUCAUUUCCAAAAACAAAUUCCAUUUCUAUUUAAUCUUUAUACUAUAAGAUAUGUUAAAAUCAUAAAAUCGUACACAACGAUUUAAAAGUCCUUUUAAUAAAAAUGGACCAUGCCCUUAAAAAGGUGGAGGUCAAAUUUUGUAGAUCGCCAUCAGCCCUGAUUUUUCUGAAAAGGCAAACCAAAUCAAUUAUUUAUAAAAACUGACCUGUUUCCUAGUGAGCCUUAGUCAUAAUGAUAAACUAAUGCGAGUCUGAGGUCUGCACUUUUCUUCAAGCCUUUCUUCAAUUUAUGUGGUUAAUUUAAUUCAGGCUGAGGCUUUAUCUUAAUCUUCAAUGGCCACCUUAAUCAUUUUUGAGAAAUUAGGGUGGAACAGAGGUAUUUUCUUCUCAGUAAAAGCUAAGAAAUGAAAUUUACAUCAAUGUAAGUUUCUUGUACAAAAUCAUGUGGUGAUUCAUUAUAGAUAAUAGUGUUAUUGAAUAACAAUUGAUUUCCAUUUUCAGAUCAUUUGUAAGGUGAUGCAAUUUUCUGGGUUUUUUUCAUAACUUAAUGUUUGACUAUGUUCACCAAUUGUGUAUACCUACAAUUUUUGUCUUUAAAUGUAGCAAGAUUUCAGUGUUCAUUAAUAAAAUUACAUUUAACCCAUCUUGUCAUUGUUAAAACAGUAACACUUACUUGCCUUGUUAAUAAAGACCUUGUGAAAUGUA